UUCCGGUCGACCUUCCUAUGGAAGCCAUUUUCACAACUCACUGUAGAAGAAGGGAAUUUUCAAAGGACGACAGCGGAACACGUUUGUUUCGUUCGGGUAACACAUAAUAACUAAGUGGAGUCGGCCAAAAUAUAUGGUAUUGGAAGCAUGUUCUCCCUUUCGACUACGCUGCAGCCGCAAGUAACUGUUCCACUUGGUCACCUCCUCGGCGCCUUUCACUCCUUCAAGAAUUCAGCCAGUGCGUCUAUCCGGAGUCUGCAGAAGGACCAUCAUUUAGAACAUGAUCUGCCAAUCAGUGAGUCCACCUUCAGCCUGAGGGACCUUGGUUUGUUGGAGCUUAGGUCAGCUCAGCUGGAUGAGCUGGUGAACAGCCUCCUGCCCGGGCUGCCCCUUCAACAGGACCCUGGCUCCAGUUCCUGGAAGGAGUCCCAUAUCUCCUCAGAAUCCUUCUUCGAAAACAAGCAUGGUUUCUCCCUGAGACCUGGGCAUGGUUUCAGCUCCCCGCUCCCGUGCAGACGGAGUCCCGGUCCUCUGCAGGCAGUCUGCUCAGACCUUCAACACUGGCCAGGUUGGAUCCAAAGAAGAGGCUUUAAAACCCUAAGAUCCAGAACCAGGCGCUUGCAAGCCGGUUAUAAGGGCACCCCUGAACCCGAAAGCUUCACUCCAAGUUUCUUCAAGGGGCUCCUCAUGAGGGAUAAAGCCCCAGAGACGGAGAGCCUAGAUAAGAUUAUCCAGAACAAAAACCUACCAGAGGCACAGAGAGAUGCCUUCAAGACGGGAUUCACAGAGGGCUUCCUGAAAGCUCAAGCACUGACCCAGAGGACACAAGACUCUUUGAGGAGGACGCGGCUGAUUCUGCUUGUCCUUCUGCUGGUGGGCAUCUAUGGCCUCUCGAGAACCCCGUUUUUAUCAGUGAGAUUCCGGACUACUUCGGGCCUGGAUUCUGCAGUGGAUCCAAUCCAGAUGAAGAACGUUACUUUUGAGCACGUGAAGGGGGUGGAGGAAGCAAAGAAUGAGCUUCAGGAGGUCGUGGAGUUCCUGAGGAACCCACAAAAGUUCACCGUCCUUGGCGGGAAGCUGCCCAAAGGAAUUUUGCUCGUGGGACCCCCGGGCACUGGCAAAACCCUCCUGGCGAGGGCAGUUGCCGGAGAGGCUGAUGUCCCGUUCUAUUAUGCCUCGGGUUCAGAGUUUGACGAGAUGUUUGUGGGCGUGGGAGCUAGCCGCAUCAGGAAUCUCUUCAAAGAGGCAAAAGCUAAUGCCCCUUGCGUGAUCUUCAUUGAUGAGCUCGACAGCGUGGGUGGGAAGAGAAUUGAAUCUCCAAUGCACCCGUACUCUAGACAGACCAUUAACCAGCUGCUGGCAGAGAUGGACGGAUUUAAGCCAAAUGAAGGCAUAAUCAUCAUUGGGGCCACAAACUUCCCAGAAGCUCUUGAUAAUGCUCUGGUCCGACCUGGGAGGUUUGACAUGCAGGUUACUGUCCCCAGACCUGAUAUAAAGGGCCGAACAGAAAUCCUCAACUGGUACCUAAAAAAAAUAAAAGUAGACUCUGCAGUCCAAGCGGAGAUCAUCGCCAGGGGAACAGUUGGCUUCUCUGGUGCUGAGCUGGAGAAUCUGGUCAACCAGGCAGCUCUGAAGGCAGCGGUUGAUGGCAAAGACAUGGUGACCAUGAAGGAGCUGGAGUUCGCGAAGGACAAGAUUCUUAUGGGCCCUGAGCGCAGAAGCGUGGAGAUAGACAAGAAGAACAAAACCAUCACUGCAUACCACGAGUCUGGCCACGCCAUUGUGGCCUACUACACCAAAGAUGCUAUGCCCAUCAACAAAGCUACCAUUAUGCCUCGUGGACCCAGCCUAGGCCAUGUGUCCCUGCUGCCAGAGAAUGACCGCUGGAGUGAGACCCGGUCACAACUGAUGGCACAGUUGGACGUUAGCAUGGGCGGCAGGGUGGCUGAGGAGCUCAUAUUCGGGAACGACAACGUCACCACCGGAGCAUCAAGCGAUUUUGAUGGCGCCACAAAGAUAGCCAACAUGAUGGUGACGCGUUUUGGGAUGAGCGACAAGCUGGGUGUCAUGACUUACGGGGAUCUGUCUAAGCAAAGCCCAGAGACACAGGCUGCUAUUGAACAGGAAGUCAGGAAGCUGUUGAAGGACUCUUAUGAGCGUGCAAAACACAUCCUCAAGACCUACAGCAAGGAGCACAAGAUCUUGGCCGAUGCCCUGCUGACCUACGAGACCCUCGAUGCCAAAGAAAUCCAGAUGGUCCUCGAGGGCAAGGAACUGGAGGCCAGAUGAUGCCUUGAGAGACUUGUCCUUUCCUUCCAUGUGAAUAUGCAGGCACGAUGAGGAGCAGUGGCCUUUACCCAGACAAACUAAUUCUGAUUUGACGUCAUGCUGAGCACAUAUUCUUACCUGAAAUUCAGUCACCUUGGAUUUUAUUUAUUCUCAACCAUCGACACUAAUUUCAGAAGCUGUCCCACUCUUUUGGAGUAUAUUGAGGGCACAAAAUUUGAGCCCCUCCAGUUCCUCAAGGGUCACAUGUCUUCUCUGAGGUCUUAUAUAGUAAUUGAUCAUUUCUGGUUAGCAAAAUUGGCCCUUUUAUUGAAUAUUGUAGCAUAAGCAUACUGUCUGAUCUCCCUUUUCGUCCUACAUGUGUCCCCUGCCUGUGUACAAUCUACUUGGGCUGAUUUGAGGUUCUUGGGGCUUUAAACACCAGGCCCUUCACUAUGUGGAUAUCCCUUUAAGCAAAGCCUUGUGUGCUCCUUUGCUUUUGUUUUAAGUUUGGCACUGAUUUCAGCUGAUGAUUGGUCAGUUGAUAAUCUGUACCUUGUCCCAAAUCAAGGGCUUGGUGUGACUACCUUGAAGGGGAACUCCACACGCUCUCCUCUUCUCAGAUCAUAUUCUGUAAAUGGGCAGUAUUCUCAUGAUACGGCUGCUCACGUUUGGUUUGGGAGAAGUGUCCUGCUUGAAGACUUGGGUUUUCGUGUGCCUGGAGUGGGUAACAUUACAGAUUUUUAAAAGGUAAAUUUUGAAGGUUGUGACAGAAAUGCCCUACCAGUGCAAUGCAGGAAUGGGAUUAAUUUGGUGUAUAUGUGAAUUUCUCUGAAUUUUAAUUAUAUUUGUAUAUUCGCUUUAGGCAUUUGACACUGUUAGGUGUAGAACUAUUCUGUAAUAACCUGUGACCUAUUUAUGUACUUUAUGAAGUACUAUAGGAUUUAUCCAAACCGAACAUCUUUCUUUGCUCUUGUUCUGCUCUGGUACACAUUGGAUGUGUAUGGGACUAUUGUAUAUAAUGUAUGACUUGGAAUUUAGGGAGGCUUCCCAUGGAUUUUAAACUGUUUCGGCAUUCUUUGAAACUGUUAAAGUAAACAAAAGUCAAAGCAU